UUCAAGGGGCCCUGGGGGAAUCUGUUUUCCUGUCCUGAUGCUGAGGCCCAACCUGGAACUGCCCUGGGGCUGCAGGCUCCAGCCUUGUAGCUCUGUUUGUUUUGGAGUUCCGUCAAGCAGGGCAGGAUGGAACGCUCUACUUGAACACUGAAGAUGUCAGGCCCACCCCUCUGACCUUCCUCUGAGCCCAACGGCUCUGAUAAGUGGGCAGGCCUUGAGCCUGGAGACCCACAGACACACUUGGAUGAUUUUACAGAAAUUAGCUGGGCAACCUCCUGGUAGAGCUCUGAGCAGCUCCGGAGGGGCCACCUGCCCGUGCCGCAGGCAUGGCCAACAGGACCAAUGCCUCCACUGCUUACUACAGCUAUGAAUACUACCUGGACUACUUGGACCUCAUUCCCGUGGAUGAGAAGAAGCUGAAAGCCAACAAACAUUCGAUCGUCAUCGCCUUCUGGGUGAGCCUGGCAGCUUUCGUGGUGUUCCUUCUCCUCCUGCUGCUUUCCAUGUCCUGGUCAGCCUCCCCGCAGACGAGGAACAAUGCCCAGCACCACCCAACGUGCCCCUGGAGUCUCGGCCUCAACCUCCCCUUCUGUGUCUGGAAGCAACCCCAGCACCACGGGGCCCCCCAGGGGACCCGCCGCCUCUACCGAGCUCGGUCGAGGAACCAGGUGGCAGAGCAUCGGGCCCCGUCCAGCAGCUGCAGCGGGGGAGUCCCUCUACCUCGCCCCCCUCCACCCCCCAGGGCCACCCUGCUCUCCUCUGGGAACUGGCCCUCGAUGGGGACCCGCACGGCACCAGCUGACGUCCGGAACUUCAAGCCCAGUGAGCCUCCCCUGCAGACAGAACCUCUCGAUGGUAGAACCAACAACCCAAACCAGGGCCAUUGCUGAGUGAGCCGCGUAACUCAAACCAACCUGGACACACACGUGCCCUCUGAAAGCCUGUUUACAGGUAGCAAGUUGUGCAACUAGGUCAAGAGUGACUGUACAAGGGGGCGCAUGUAUGCAUUUACCCAAGGCUGGCAACAGCCCAUCUGGCCGAGGGAGGAAGUCCCAAAUAUUGCUUAGUGCACUUAACCUGCCUACUUACUGCUUAUGCUUGCUUUGGGAAGGAUAGAAAAGUAAAAUACGUAUGAAUUAAGAUUAAAAAAUAUUCACUGAUCUUUA